CAAUGUGUGUAUUGGGUGACUUACUUUGGAUACUAUCAAAUGUAAAGAACUAACUAGAUUUUUUGUGACCCGUAUCUUGAGAAUAUUUUAUUUACAGUGAUUUUCAUUCGUCUGGAUUAAGUUGAUUUUCAAUUCCUCAUGGAUCCCUGUCAUAACAUAUGUGUUGUCUGUGGGGAACACUCAGACCAGGUGUCACUCCAUUACGCCAGACCAUUGUGUAACGGCUGUAGAGCUUUCUUCAAGCGAUCAGUUCAGGGCAAGGUCAGGUUCACGGGAUGCAAGACAGGCAAGAAUUGUAAGGUCAAUAUCGAGUCCAGAAAGAGUUGCAAGUCCUGCAGGUGGGACGCCUGUGUUCGUGCCGGAGUGGAUGUCACUAAAGUUCAACCUUCCAAAGAGAAUGAACAGGAGAAUGGCUUCAAUGAUAGCUUGAAUCAAUCUCAUCUUUGGUUUGGAUCCAACUUUGGCAUGACAACGUCUUGGGAGACUUCUCAACUGGCACUUCCACCAGCUGCACCAACUUAUCUCCCCCUUCACGUAGCCUACCAGAGUGGGCUGUAUCCGUCACAUUACCAUACAAGCUUGUCAAGUAAUCACAUCGUUGAUAGCCAUCUUGCUGGAGGGUUGUCAAUGCAUCCCAGACUGUUGCCUUCUCAUGGUUUUAUAUCGUCGUCCAGUGCGUCAAUCCCAUCGUGGCUCUGGUCUUCACAAAAGUACGUCUCACAGCCUGGACAUCAACAGACAUCGCAACUGGGCAGUUUAGACUCAGCGUUUAAACCCUACAACCCAGGUGUUACGUCAGCUUUAGCAGACCUCAGUAGCUCUAACAUCAACACUAGUGACGUUGAGCAACGCACGUCUACACCCAACUCUCACAGCAUUGUGCCAGCAUUGGAGUCAUCCCCAAGUACACCCAAGUACAGCUGGACACUGAGGCCAAAUGAUAAGUCUGAUAAUUCUUUCACACUGGGGGCACAAAUCGAUGGAAAUAGUUCUGCUGGAAAGGAAGAAAAAGAAUCAACAGCAUAUGCUCAACAAUGGAUUGAACUGAAUAGUAACCAAACUGAACAGCCUGUUUCAAGUUUAUUGGCAGCUUAUCAAAAUUGUAAUAUUAAAAAUAAUGAUUCUCCAAAGACUUCACUUACUCAUCCAGGUAAAUCUAUUGAGCAAUCGAAAAAUUCUAAAGCUUUUAUGAUCAGUGAAUUAUUAAAAGACAGUGAUGGCGACAAAAUAUCAAAGAACGUAGAUCAUUACAAUCAGCUAACUACUACUUCUAUUAAUACACCGAAUGGUGUUAUGUACCAGCCAAAAUACUUCCCCAUGCCCCACAGCUUUACACCACAGACAUACUUUGCUCAGAGUGUUAAAGAAUCUGAUAGGAAAUAUGAGGCAGCUGACAUGAUAUUACCAGUAAUGUCUUCUACUGGUCACGGCUUUACCUUGGGAGGACCGUUCUUCCCCGAGCAACAGGACAACCCGCCAACCAGCCCCCCUUCUCCACUCGACGGGUCGCCUGCCCAUUACAAAAGUUAUGAAGACGUCAGCUCACCAGAACUUCAUGUCGACUGUGAAAAUAUUACAGACGAUGAGAGUUCUGGAACUGACCAUUGCAGCUCUUCUGAUGGUCUUCCAUCACAAACAUACACAAACGGACUUUCACUUGAAGGCAACGCUCAGGUGUCGGAAUGUUACACGGAGAGGCUUGAAAGCAACAAUGCAGGUAGCUUUAACUACCACGAGUCGUUGCCCUUGGACCACAAAAGACAAGAAGCUGAAGUAACUGACCAACAGCUCAAGGACAACGGUGAUGAUAGUGGCAUAGGUGCCAGCGUCACUCACUUGAGUGUCACUACAAAUAUGACAGACACUAAAGAAAAUGUUUCGACAUCUUCACCCAGAGCCACAAAGAGACGUGUCCAUUCAGAGCCAGUGCUUGCUGACAUGACACCUUCUAAACAACUAAAACUUUCUGUACAAUCAAAACGUCAAGGAAUGCAGACUGGGCCUGGCUUUACGAGUACUCCAAUCACCAAGAAGUCCAAAUAGAGGCUUCAUUUGUACAGAGAACAUACAUUUGCUAAUGAUUGUAUAUAUGUAAUUUAUGAUUUUUAUUUGCUUCAAUUUUUAAUAAAUUAUUUAUAUAGAUAUAUAUUUGUUAACAAUAACAAUUAGAAAUGUAUGGAAAAUGUGCUUGUACAGACUUACACUUUGUUUACUGAAAGUCAUUUGGUAAAUAAGUGUUCUUAACCUUAAGUUAUUUUUUCAAUGAAAAAGAUGUCAUUUUAACAUUUUAAUUUGUGUUGUCAUAAAAUGCCCACAUUCCUAUUGUUUCUGU